AAUUACGAAAAGGUAUUAUAAACUUAAAGUGAAAUUGAGAUCUCCCUUUUAACCGCCGGGCGCAUUGUUUCUGCGUGACGUUUUAAACAUGUCAAACAUCAAUUGCCUGAGGGACAAGGAAAUUAAAGUAAAAAAAGUGCAAGUGACAAUGUUAUCAAGGUGCGAUUUGAUAAACAAAUGAGAAUAUUUAAAUUGUUACUUGAUAAAUAAUAUUGUUUUUAAAACGCAUUAUAGUGGAUUAUCUUUAAUUUUCGUCAAGAUGCCUGACACCAACACUUGAACGUACGUGACGGAAAAAUAUCAGGAAAGGAACGGAGUGUAUAAAUCUUUAAGCUUAGAAAUUACGCCAUGAUUGGAAAUUACGUCAUACCCAGAGUUUCAAAAAUCUUUAAAAUAGCAGCAAGUUAAUGCAUGUGGUAUGCGCUUAUUUUCGAGAAGAGUUGUUAUCAAAAGAUCAGUUAUCGAAUGGAGUAAACCAUCUGUGACACAUACAGGAUAUUUGUACACUUAACAUAAACCCGUGAUUAAUUACAGAGUCAAGAAGUGAAUUCGGAUGCGCCGAUCACAUUAAAAUUUACUUUCAGAAUCACUCGCGCUUUGUACUACACCAUUCGGUGUAGAUAUCGAGGAUGGCUAAAUACAUGGAUAUAAUACUUUUAGCAUUGCUUGUGUCUGCGACGAAUGCGAUGACCACGCUUCAAGCUGUAUACAAUAUGGGCGGAGUAACGGGCAAGGUGACCUUCACUCAGACGACAGCAGGUCAAAAUGUGACCAUUAACCUUGACCUUGACGGGUUGCCAAAUGAUGGUUCCUACACGUUGGAACUGCACGAGUAUCGUGUCAAUUAUGAUACAGCAGACCGCUGCAGCGAUGAUAGUAUAGGACCAGUCAUUGGUACAGCUUCGGUCACUUCCGGCAAGGGUACGCUGGUUGCGGGAGGUAUGGAUUUGUCAGGGACAAUGUCCAUUGAAGGUCGUUCUUUCGCCAUCAAAUCAUCCGUAAAUAACUUGAUAACAUGCGCUACAGUCGAAGCAGACGCCGACUAUAUCACAGCUUUUGCUAAUUUACCGUCAGGGAUUGGCGGCAAGGUGAUAUUCAGACAGCAAGAUAACUCCGAAACUGCCGAUACCUUUAUAUAUUUAGACUUAUAUUUCGUCGGCGAGUCAAAACCUCAAAGUCCGCUUUCGUGGCAAAUCAACAGCGGGAUGGUGAAGAUGGACGUGGACGCAACAACCGACAUAAAUAACAGGUGUGGUAGUACAAUAAAAGAUCUUUAUAAUCCGGAUGGUGCUACCGGAAGCGGAUGUUCGACCGAUGAUCAUACGAACUGUAAGAUUGGCGACCUUAGUGCCAAACAUGGAGACAUUACUAUGCAAAUGUCUGGAAAAACGAAAGCAUUUUACGGCGAUUUAAGACUGCCACUAAGUGGCGAAAACUCAAUUAUAGGUAAGACACUGGUCUUUAUGAACGGAUCAGAUUACUACGCAUGUGCAAAUAUUGUGCAAUAUCCUCGCAUGGGGGCCAUCUCAAAGUUUAGUAAUGACAAUGUAACAGGAAGUGUAUCUUUUCAUCAGAAGUCGCCUCUCGAUCCGGUUAACAUUAAUGUUAAUAUAGAAAAUCUUAUAACGCGUGGUGGCGGCUAUCACGUGCACGAAUGGCCCGUGCCACUCCAGAUUAACCAAAGUGAAGUCAUGUGUAGUUCAGAAAAUGUAGGCGGACAUUUCAACCCAUUUAAUGUCUCGGUAUUUGGCCUUUACCCUGAUUCCGCCACAACAACACCUGAUAAGUACGAAGUCGGGGACUUGAGUGGAAAAUUUGGCAGUAUGGCAACCAUGAAUAGAUAUGUUAAAAAUAUGACUGACCCUAAUUUGCAAUUGUUUGGGGAAAAUACGAUAAUAGGACGUAGUUUAGUUAUUCAUAAAGACGCCGCAGGUGGCCCUCGCUGGAUAUGUUCGACUAUCUGGCCCGCAGACGAUAUUCCUAUGGUAACAGCAUACGCUAGAUUCACUUACCCUGUAAUAGGAUACAUGAUAUUAAGGCAACCCAAGAAUAAGUGGUUUGCAGAGACACAGAUCUACGCAGAACUGGACUACUCGAGCUCAACCAUGUCAGCAACUGUUAAUCACAAUUGGCACGUGCACGAGAAAGCAAUGGGUGAUGACAUGUUAUCGCCUACACAACGCUGUCAGUCCGCAGGGCCACACUAUAACCCGUAUUCUGUUUUCUUAGAUGGUGAUUAUGCCAGUAUGUGCAACCCUGGAAAUCCUUUCCGGUGUGAACUUGGAGACUUAUCUGGAAAACAUGGUAAAUUAAAUAUUCGCUCCGCUGUAGACAAUAGAAAACUGAAAUAUUUCUUUUCGGAUAUGCAGCUGCCUUUAUCGGGGCCUCAGUCUGUUGUUGGUAAGUCGAUAGUGAUCCAUGAAGCAAAUUCUGGUGGCGGAAGGUUAUCGUGUGCAAAUGUCAUGGAAAAGGUCAGAAGGGAAGCCACAGUAUCCGAAUGGUCGUCUGCAGAAGGUCAGAGUAGCCCAACUGGAACUAUUUCUUUUGUGCAAGAUUGUAUUGAUAUUCUGUCAUGUAUGACAAAAGUUAGUGUAUCUUUGUCGGGACUAAAUUCAAUGGUGGCGGGUUACCAUGUACACCAAUACCCUACCGAUGUCAACACACCUACCUCACAAGUUUGUCAAAGCUCUGACGUAGGCGGACAUCUGAACCCUUUCCAAAGUCCGUAUCCGGGUCCAGCUAAGGGAACACAAGACGAGUAUGAAAUUGGCGAUUUGAGCGGGAAAUAUGAUCCACUUAGCGGGGCCUCGUAUUCUACGAACGUCCUAGAUAUGAAUUUACCAAUGGAAGGACCGUACAGUAUCGUCGGACGAUCUAUUGUUAUUCACAAGAACGAUGAAGGAGCGACGCGUUGGGCUUGCGGAAACAUUGUCGAUACUACACCAGGAAUUAAGCUGGUACAGCAGAAGGCGGUAUUCGAAGGAGAGAUCACAGGUUACAUAAUGUUGAGCCAGUAUAUAUAUGAGAAUGGAGACCUGAGCAAUACCAUGAUCGUCGUAAAUCUGCAUAAUUCAAGUGACCAAACAAUGAUGACCACAGGCCAUAACUGGCACGUGCACGAGAACAGAAAGAGCUCGGAUUGUGCAAGCUGUGGACCCCACUAUAAUCCCUAUAUGGUCGGCAUGGGGAGUGGCUACAGUGAAUGCGGUAUGGGCAACCAAUUACGCUGCGAGGUUGGAGAUCAAUCCAGCAAAGUGGGUCAGUAUGACAUUGGAGGGGGUAAAAGGUUCUACACAGACGUCAACCUCAAUCUUGAAGGAAAAUAUGCUGCGGCGAAACGAUCUAUUGUUGUUCACGCAUCUAAUGGAGGAGGACCUAGGAUUGCGUGUGCCAAUUUGAUACCCUACGGACCUUCGGCUGCUAAAGCAGUUUUGAAAUUUCCAAAGACCAGCUACACAGUGGAUGACGUAGAAACCAAGGUUGCGGCGUUCGUAGGGACAGAUGUUGGCAAUAUACUUGUGGAAGAAAGCAGCAAAACUUUGACAUGUAUAGAUAUGGAUGUAUAUUUCUUAGGAGAGAGUAAAGGAACGCUAAGACAACAGUUCUUGGAUAAUAUAAACAGUAAAAAUCACGGAAAUCUCGGGAAAUACGCACCAGAAGAUCCUUGUUCACUUGUUGCUGGCUCAGGAAUCAUCACGAUGUCAGUGUUUACAGUUGUUCUCUGCUUAUUCCUGUCAAAAUUACGCAUCUGGAGUUAGACAAAUGUGUACAAAUAAUAUAUUAUUAUAGAGAGAGAGAGAGAGACCGGGGGUGGGGAGGGGGGAGGGUAAUUGUGCUGGCUAAAUAGAAGCAGACCAGAGCUUUAAUUAGUCAAAAACGCAGUUGUAAUUACCGAAUAUGCUACUUAGUGCUUUACAAAAGGUAAACAGAAGUUUGUUUUUUUCACCGAACAACUGCAUAGCAGCAUAUCAAAAUUAAGUAAAGUUGUUAUUACAGAAUAGACUACUUAGCUGUAUACAAAGGCAAAGCUGUUGGUACUGAAUUGUACUAGCAUAGCUAUUUGGAAUUUAAAGACAGCUGUUAUAUUGCCGAAAACUGCAUAGAUAUGGCACGAUAUACAUUUCUGAUUUCCAAAACAAAAAACGACUGUUAUGCCGGAAAUACCUUUGAUUGCCAGACUGUGUAUAAUCGAAAGUUAAGCAGUAAAGUGCCGUUGCUUGCCUUUUUAUUUGUACUAGACAGUUAUGCCGAAGGUAUACGUAAAAUCGACAGUUAUGUCGAUAGUACUUUUGCUUGCCUUUUUGUGAAUAAUGGGGAUCGAGUCAGCACUUGAAGUUUGUCCCGUUUUCAUUUAUCAUGCUUCCCAUUUACUAGUUUCCGCUUUCAUAAGCAAGCAUGAAAACCAUGUUGUUGUUGCCAUGCCCAAUAACACAGAUUACCCCUAAUCUACUCAGAAAAUCAGCUUGACUCUAUAAAGUCAUUCAUUUAAAAUAUUUGUAAUCUAUUAUUGAUUAUCUAUUUGACAUCUUUCAUGUUUGACUUGAAUAUGAUAGUCAUGUAUAUUGUGUAAAUGUUGAAAAGUCUCUUGUAAAUUUGUAUAGAAUUGUCAUGUUCUUAUUUUAAUGUGUUGUUUUCUCAAUUGUUUUCGAGUUUUAAUGCGUUUUUUAUUGCGAUGUUAGUCACUUCAUUUGUGUAUUUAUGGAAGAUACUUACGUACAGAUACCAACAAACAAGGGCAGGCUGAUCACCAUUGACCCGGAUAACCUUUUUCAAUUAAAACUGGAUUGUAUUUAUCUUGUGUCACAUGUUUACAGGUCUUUAGCUCGACAUCUGAUGUCAUUUGGUAAAAAAGGAAUGUAAAAAUGUUAAGAGAACGUCUCUGAGCUUUAGAAAGUGUUCAGUACCAGAUGAAGUAUUAGUAAACUGUGUAUGUGUGAGAGACAUGAAAUCACGUGACAUUUGUUUACUAAUAUAUGAUAAUUAAUUCUUACUCAUGAACCAAAAUUUUGAAAGUGUCUCGAUUGAUUAGUUUUUGAAAUUAAUAAUUUGGUGAGUUCUUUGCAUUAUUUUAUUUAUUCAAGUACUUAUAUAGUCUUUAAAGUAGAAAAGCUACCAAAAGCGAUAGUCACAUAUUUAAAAUGUUAAUUUAAUAUAAGAAACUGUACAUGCUGGACCUGUAAUGACAUUGACAAUUUCCGUGCAAUUUCGUGUUCUUUUCUGUUAUUUCAACAUUCUUUGGCUGUUCAUAUUGCGUAUACAAGCAACUUUUUCCGUAAACAACCGGAGAAUGCCGAAGUCACAUACGGAGAAUGCCGAAGUCACAUACGGAGGAUACGUAGUCGAACGUAAACUAUCGAUUAUCAUUACGGGUCCACUACCUUAUAAACAAUUCCGAUUUUUUAUUGGUACACGUUGCUUUCUGAUUGUAAGAAAAGCGAACGUUUUAUUUUGUUUUACAUCUGGAGUCAUAGCUUUUGUUUCAGAUGUAAGGAAAGGUUUGAUAAUUUACUUGACUAAGUUGAAAUCCUUUAAUCAUCUUUUUUUUUGUAUUUUAAAAUGAUCUGUAUAAAUGUUCUAUAAAAGGGUGCUUUUAUACUGUAUGUACUCAAAAUGUAGAUCUAUGAUAUUCAUUUUAAACGAGAAUAGUUUACGUUAUCUUAAAUUGCAUGCUUGUCUGUAAUAUUCAUGAAAUCCUUUAUUAUGAUAAGAUUUUGCAAUUUUUGCUCUAUUUUUAGCAACGUAGUGCUUAGCUUUUAUAUUAUAUUUAUUUAUGUAUUGAUAAUAGAGUAAAAGUGUGUUCUAAUUAAUUUAAACACAACAAAGUAUACGUCUUGCGGAUUAAUUCAGUCCGACGUAUUACCCAUUUGGAGUGUUUAAAUUAGUUAAAAAACGCUUCAUCUGUAUAUUAUUUCCAUUUUUUGAGUCUUAUUUAUUUCUGUGUUACUUCAAACAGGUCGAUGUGAUGUAUUUUUUUUAAAUAAACAUAAUUUGUUAUAGAAAUACAUAUUUUUUCAUGUUUUUUUCGAACAUUUUUGGGGUUAUGUCACCAAUAGGGUAUAAAGUGAUUACUUAAAAAUAUACUAUGCCCAGCUUUUAACUGAACUAUUUUAUCACUGGAUAUUAAUUUUAGAUAUAGAAAAUCCUCAUCUUAGCCACAUAUUAAACCUUACAGUAUAUGCAGAGGCUGUAUUCAUAGUUUAUUUAAAAACUGACAAUUUUAGAGGUUGUGCACGUGCAUACGUUGUGUAGUUAUACAUUUGCUAUGUGUGUACUGUUUUUAACCUGGUACACUUUUUGUACACAAAAAACAUGUUUAUUCCGUGUUUACGUUGACACCAUGAAAUAAUUGCUCAUUUUUAGCUCAUCUGAUUUUUUGAAAAAAAAUGAUGAGUUAUUGUCAUCACUUGAGCGGUUGUCGGCGUCGGCGUCGGCGUCGGCGUCGGCGUCGGCGUCUGCGUCGGCGUUGCCUGGUUAAGUUUUAUGUUUAGGUCAGCUUUUCUCCUAAACUAUCAAAGCUAUUGCUUUGAAACUUGGAAUACUUGUUCACCAUCAUAAGCUGACCCUGUAUAGCAAGAAACAUAACUCCAUCUUGCUUUUUGCAAGAUUUAUGGCCCCUUUUGUACUUAGAAAAUAUCAGAUUUCUUGGUUAAGUUUUAUGUUUAGGUCAAUUUUUCUCCUAAACUAUCAAAGCUAUUGCUUUGAAACUUGGAAUACUUGUUCACCAUCAUAAGCAGACCCUGUACGUCAAGAAUCAUAACUCCAUCUUGCUUUUUGCAAGAUUUAUUGCCCCUUUUGGACUUAGAAAAUCAGUUUUCUUGGUUAAGUUUUAUGUUUAGGUCAGCUUUUAUCCUAAACUAUCAAAGCUAUUGCUUUAAAACUUGCAACACUUGUUUACCAUCAUAAGUUGACCCUGUAUAGCAAGAAACAUAACUCCGUCCUGCUUUUUGCAAGAUUUAUGGCCCCUUUUUGACUUAGAAAAUAUCAGAUUUCUUGGUUAAGUUUUAUGUUUAGGUCAACUUUUUCUCUUAAACUAUCAAAGCUAUUGCUUUGAAACUUGCAACACUUGUUCACCAUCAUAAGCUGACCCUGUACAGCAAGCAACAUAACUCCAUCCUGCUUUUUGCAAUAAUUAUUGCCCCUUUUGGACUUAGAAAAUCAUUUUCUUGGUUGAGUAUUAUGUUUAAGUCAACUUUUCUCAUAAACUAUUAAAGCUAUUGCUUUAAAACUUGCAACAGUUUUUCACCAUCAUAAGUGGACACUGUACAUCAAGAAACAUAACUCUAUCCUGCUUUUUGCAAGAAUGAUGGCCCUUUUUAGACUUAGAAAAUCAUGGGUAGGACAAUAUUUCUAUUACACAAAAAAAAUCAGAUGAGCGUCAGCACCCGCAAGGCGGUGCUCUUGUUAAGAUAUGAAAUCUGGACAUAAUGUAACUUUAAAAAGUUUAAAAAAGUGGCUUAUUUCGUAGAGAAGUGAUUCUUACAUGUAUUUUAGACAAUUUGUUUUACUUCGAACAAACCUAAUACGUAAACACGGCAGUCAGUAUCCUAUUCCACAGAAAAAACCGAUAUUUCAAAAAUCUAUAAAAAAUUAACUGAAUUUUAAGGUAUUCCUUCCGUAAAAUAAAACAUUCUCUUCAAUUGCUAUUAAUAGUAUACACGUAUUAUUUUACCCCCUAUAUAUCAUAACCCUCUGUUCCAAAUGGUUAAGGCUUUCGGCCACAAAUUUUACAUAAUUUCAGGUCGUGGGUUCAGUCCCCACCCAUUUUUUCUCAUCUUUCUUUUUUACCCUUUAAACAUUUUUGAUUAAUGUGUAGCACUAACUGAUAAACAAAAUAUUAUUGAAUCAAAUAAUGAUAAUUAACAUGUCAAAUAGAUCUGGUAGUGACUUAUUUGAAUUCUACAUUCUACAUGGUAAACUUUUGAUUAUUUUUCUUGAAUGGGUUGCAUACAACCUAUGUGUGUUUUCUAAUAUAACUUUAUUCAGAAACUUUCAAAAACUUCCGAUUGCGAUAAUAAUUAGUUAGAUGUUAAUUUCGUUUAGACGAAGAAAAAAUUCAGUCUUAAAAUACUAGUAUGGUAAUUUCCAAACAAUAAAUGACUUGUAUGUUUCUAUUGCUUCAAAAACCACUAUUUUAAUUUGUUGUCAUACGAUUAUAUUGUAUAGUAUAAACAACUAUUUUGUCCAUAAAUGAUUAAUAUAAAAAAGACAAAGUCAUUAUGUAUUGAUCGUGUAUUGUCUAGAUUUGGUUAUUCUAGAAACUGUGGGUCUUGAUGCUGGAAAGAACAUAACCAAGGUGCCCAUCCAAGCAUUAUUUCAUCACAGGCGGAACUUGGAUAGAGCCACCAACCGUCAGUAAGCCAGCUGGAGGGCUUCCUUACAUGAGGAUUUUAACGCCUUGCUCGAACCUACAUCGGUGAGGGGCGAGUGAUUCAUAGUCAGCGACCUUAACCACUCGGCCAUUGAGCCCGUCUCAUAUUUGAUUACUACAAGUGUCAAUACGUAAGCUUUCAGUGCAUGUAUAGAUUUUUAAGGAUUCUGAGUAUUUAUUGUUAUGGGUGGAACACGUUACACUAUUUGCAGUAAUAAUGUAUUUGCACGUGAUCCACUGCACAUGAAAUAUAUUGGGACUUUCCGUGAGAAAACUUGUAUUAAAAACCUUGCAUAAUAAAUAAUUUAAAUAGUGGAAAAUAUUGUUUUACUAAUGUUUGUGCAUUAACUAGAAACUGGUAUACCGUAAUUCAGUUAUCUAAGGCAAAUGGAAUUCUACCAUAUUUUACAAAUACUAAAUGUCAUUUGUGUUGUCAUGGCAUCCAAAAUUCCAAAGCACCAUGAGAAAAUAGAGGUGUACAGAAAAAAAAGGCCUGUGAUGAAACAAACAAAAAAAAGCACGGUUAAAGGUUAUUUUCCAUUAAAUCAUUUGAAGCUUAAUAUUGAUAUGGAUGGUGUUUUCUGAGUGAAACUCGUAAUUUGUAGAAUAAAUGACAUAAAAAAGACAACGUCAUAGUGCUUUCACGAUGUUCUUAACGUCACACCUCUGAACGCAUUUGGUGACUUAACUAAAAAGCAUUGUAAGUCUUGAAAUAAUGAAGACAAUUUCUUCAAAUCAGAUUUUAAAAGUGAAAGAAUGUUCUUCUUGAAUAUUUUGUUAUCUCAAUUUUGACUCUUUUUUUUGUCGCAAAUACAGUUUUUGUCAUGGAACGUCCCAAAAAAUAUUUGAGCCGUGCCAUGAGAAAACCAACAUAGUGGCUUUGCGACCAGCAUGGAUCCAGACCAGCCUGCGCAUACGCGCAGUCUGGUCAGGAUCCAUGCUGUUCGCUAACAGGUUCUCCAAUUCCAAUAGGCUUUAAAAGCGAACAGCAUGGAUCCUGACCAGACUGCGCGGAUGCGCAGGCUGGUCUGGAUCCAUGCUGGUCGCAAAGCCACUAUGUUGGUUUUCCAAUGGCACGGCUCAUUUGUUCAUGCUUAUACCGAUAAAUAUGCCAUAUCUACUAUCUUGAUAUUUAGAUUUCUAUGCUGAAAGUCAUACCUUUUUAAUAUCUCUUUUAAAUGUUAAAUUAUUGUUUAAGCAGAGUUUAGCAUAUCUACUAUUCAGUAUAAAGCAUCAAUGUUAGUUAUGAAUAAAGUUGUUUUUAAUCAUA